AUGUUAAUUAAGAAUGCAAAUGGAACCGUCAUUGCCGUCAAAAAAUUGAACUCCGAAAGCUUACAGGGGCUUGAGGAGUGGAAGUCAGAAGUAAAUUUUCUGGGACGCCUCUCUCAUCCUAACCUUGUUAAGUUGUUGGGAUACUGCUUGGAGGAAGCAGAACUUCUUCUCAUCUAUGAAUUUAUGCAGAAGGGCAGUUUGGAAAACCACCUAUUCGGAAGGGGCUCUGCUGUUCAACCACUUCCAUGGGAUAUUAGGCUUAAGAUUGCAAUCGGAGCAGCUCGUGGCCUUGCCUUCUUGCAUACAUCCGAGAAAGUAAUUUACAGAGACUUCAAGGCCUCCAAUAUAUUGCUCGAUGGGGCCUAUAAUGCAAAGAUAUCAGACUUUGGCUUGGCAAAACUGGGUCCUUCAGCUAGUCGCUCCCAUGUGACAACUAGGGUGAUGGGCACAUAUGGUUAUGCAGCUCCUGAAUAUGUUGCUACAGGGCAUCUGUAUGUGAAGAGUGACGUGUAUGCAUUUGGAGUAGUUUUGGUGGAGAUGCUAACAGGGCUACGAGCACUUGACCCAAACCGCCCAAGUGGGCAACAUAAUCUAACAGAUUGGAUCAAACCAUACCUGCAUGAUAGAAGAAAGCUGAAAAGCAUUAUGGAUUUUCGGUUGGAAGGAAAAUAUCCGUCCAAAGCUGCAUUUCGUAUAGCUCAGCUUGCGCUGAGAUGUCUUGAAACUGAGCCCAAACAGCGGCCGUCAAUGAAGGAAGUUUUGGAGAGCUUGGAGCGAUUUCAUGCUGCCAAUGAGAAGGAGAUGUUCGUUUUCAACGAUAAAUUCGUCGAUAAUAAUUGGAGAAAAAACGGAAAAAUAGGCGCGAAAUUUUAUGUGGGAUUUAGCGGUGAAUUUUUUUCGCCAGUAAAUCUAAUUAGUGGAAUGCUGCCUUUUGGUAACCCACAAUGCGUUACUGUCAGAUUUAUCUGCCGAUAA